AAGUUUUCUUACACCAUCACUUAGAUGCACCACCCUUAUUACCCCCUCACACUUGACAUACCCCACUACGUGGCUAAUGAGACACCUCGAUUUCAGUUAGUAGCCUCUGUUCUGCUAGUAAUCGGCUCCAUUGUGGCAUCUGCCUUUUCUCUUGCCAAGAAGAAUAAACGCAUCCUCAGCUCAUCUGAAGCGUUACGCUUCACUUGGUUCGUUCUGUGCGCUUGUUUGCACUGUGGCCUGGAAGCUUACUGGAUAACCCAUCGUCACCGUGUGCCUGCUCGUUCGGAUUUUCUAGCAGAAGUUUGGAAAGAAUAUGCCCACGGUGAUUCCCGAUACGUGACAGCUGAUCCUCUUUUGAUUGCUAUAGAAACCCUCACCGUGUUUAUCUGGGGACCAUUAUGCAUCAUAACAGCAUACUGUAUAUGGCAGAGUCUACCUCUGCAAUACCUGUACCAACUGAUCGCAUCAAUCGCCCAUUUAUUUAGCACGUCAUUGUAUUUUGUGAUGGAUAUACCUGAAGGAUUCAAGAACUGUGAUCCUCACCCUGUUUAUUUCUGGAUUUAUUUCGUAGCCUUCAAUGCUCCAUGGCUAGUGAUUCCUAUCGUGCUGCUUAGUCAAAGUAUCAAGAGAAUCUCACAGUCAUUGAACGAAACGUCUAAAAAAGUAAAUUAGUAGAGACACAUAAAUG